CUUCUAGGUCUUCUCAGUGGGCAGACAUCUCCUUCCAAUAUUAAACUGGAGAAGCUAGAUUCUCAGCACGUUCUACAGCUCUGCCUCCGUUACCAAGAACAUCUUCAUCAGUGUGCAGAAGCAGUUGCCUUUGACCAAAAUGCAUUAGUCAAGCGGAUCAAAGAGAUGGAUCUUUCUGUGGAAACUCUUUACAGUUUAAUGCAGGAGCGCCAGAAAAGAUAUGCCAAAUAUGCAGAGCAGAUUCAGAAAGUCAACGAGAUGUCUGCCAUCCUCCGUCGCAUCCAGAUGGGCAUUGAUCUGACCAUUCCUUUGAUGGAGAGGCUGAACAGCAUGUUACCAGAGAGCGAGCAACUGGAGCCUUUUAGUAUGAAACCGGACAGAGAGCUCAAGUUAUAAUAUUCUGUUGCAGCCUUUAUUUUCUUUUUACUGACCAUACUUGACAAGGAGCAUGGCUGGGACAAGGAACAUGGCUCUGCACUAUUCAGAGAAUUCAGAUGAGAGGUGGCACUUUGGGGUUAGGAAGAAGUGCAUGACUUGUAGAGAUUGCCAUUUAAAACACAGCAACUUGGAAUAAAGCACUGUCUGGAUCAUAUUUUUAAAGCAUCUACUUAGCAACAGGUUUUUUUUUCUGAACCAACAAAUGCUGCUUUAUUAUGUUGGUUUUGAACUUUGUACACUCAGGCUACCUUUCCACAUGUGUGCGGUUGCAGAGGAACCUUGGCUGGUUUCUCCUACAGUUUCAAGUUGUAGACAGGAAAAGCUUCAGCCCAUGGACUUAUUCAGAAGUAACAGAAGAGAUCCAUGCGUACUACUACAGUUGGGUAGAUCACUGGCAUGUGGGGAAUCCCUGCAUUUAUCUCAGAAUGGAGAUAACAGUGGGAGUCUUUGCCUUCCAUGCAUUCUGCUCAAUAGACAAAGUCGACAGUGGUUAGUGGUUGUUCUGUGCCCCUCAUGUACACUGCAAGAACACUCAAACAGUUGGUGAUUGGAUCUGCACACAGCUUUGCCUCCCCACUUGUGUUCCUUCACAUGAGAAGGCAAGGAGAGAACAAAGAUGGGUCCCUGGAAACUCACACCAGUGCUGCAGCCUAGAGCUUGUUGUGCCAGGGAGCAUGGCCAUGUCUUGAUAUCAGGUGCUUGGCCCUGGCCCCACAGCUUUUGGCUCACAAUGGAUUGCAAAGUUCCCCAACAAUUCUGUAGAGGAUUCUGGGGCACAUUGCAAAACAACUGUUGUUCAUGGCUCCCCUAUGGGAAGAGUAGUAACAACAGGCAAGGCAAGCAUCCUGCAAAUGUGUUAACUGCUAUUAUCAGUCUUCCCUGUAAUGUAAAGCUUCUGUAAAUUGUUAGCUGCCCUGUAGGGUUACUUGGUGACUGCUAGGCCUAAGAAAGCUAGCAGGCACGCUGCACUCACUGAACGUGAUCCAGAAUCCAUUCACAGGGAUUCAACAAUUGAUAGGUAUUUUUUUUGUCAAGACAGAUGCUGAGAAAAGUGUUCAUUGUAUACAGGAAGCUUUAAAACUGCUGUUGUAGGCCAUAUUAUCAAUUCACACAGAGGAGAGGCCAAACCAACUGAGUUUCACCUUUGCCUCCCUUUUAAAUGGCAAGCUAGAUUCAUGGUUCCUUGGCUCUUCACUAUUGCAAAGGAUAACUAGUGGUAGACAAGUUUUCUUUCAGGGAGUCUUGUUUGCCAUUAUAGGUAUGUUUCAGAAAAAGAGUUGCAAGUUCCCCAGAAGACACUGUUUUCUUAACAUAAUCACUCUUUUGAUUGAACAUAGAAUUUUGGAAUGGACAGUUUAUUACCUGGUUUUUCAAGAACAUUCAAAAUUGUGCUUUGUACUUGGAAAACCUUUCAGUUUAUAACAAGCGAGCUGUUAAUUAUGUUUUCUUGCCUUUCAGCUAUGCAUACCGUCACAUUGUUUGUUUAUAGCUGAGUGCUUAUAAAGGCAGAAACAGGCAUAUUAAACUCACCUACCAUAAUGUUGUGUGGUGUGUGGGGAAGAGUUUCCUUUUGAGCUCUGUGUGACCUCUCCCUCCUUAACAUUUGUGCAUGUGGACUUUUUAAAGUUGGCUUCUUAUUUUAUAGGGCUGUUAAAUGAGUAACUACUUGAAGACUGUCAGAGCUAUGCAGGCCCCAGAAUGAGGAUCUCCAGAUAGAGGUGAUGAGGAGUAGCUCAGUUCCACACACACUGCUCUAUUUAUGAAACAAAAGAGUACUUCUCUCUGCCUUAUCUACUUGGUUUGUGAAAAAUCCCUACCAGGCUUAAUAAGGCAAGCCUUGAUUUAUCAGGAAUAAAGGAUAUUGCUUAGUCCAGAGAAAGCUGGAAAAGCUGGCAAACCAGGAACUGUUAAUUCCUAUGUUUCGUUUGUUUGUGAGGCAAUUUCAAGUGUGCCACCAGCUUUUGCAAUUUGGUUUGUCUUCAUUCCUCAUUCUCACAGUAUUUUCACAAAACUGAAUGAAUAUGGUGCUGUCUGCUAAGCAUACAUACUGAAUUCUCACGAGUCUGUUAGAAGCAAAUUGUUCACAUCGAAAAUACUGCAAGUGCUAACUGAACCCCACUGCAUUGUUUCAGCUAAGUCACUGCAACUGCAGUUUUGUUCCUCGAUAUACCAUGCAACAGAUAAGCUAAUGUGGACUCCUGUCUUGACAUACACCAGGUUGAGGACCUUUCUAGGGGACAAGCAGGUAUUCUUGUAGGCAUGUUUCAGAGAGAGAGUUGCAGAAGCAGCUGCCAUAUGUUGCCAUAUGCAGAUUUCUAUGCUAGACAGGGACACCAGGAGCACUCCUUGAUAUCUCUGGAAAGCAUAUUUGGACAUGAUAAUAUUUUACCCCUUUUAAUGACACACAUUGCAGCUGCAACCACUGCCUGCUGGCAUGUAAAAUGUUUGGCAAAAUUAUUACAUACAAAUGGGUAUUUUCUGGCUAUAAUUCCCAAAUACUAAACAGCUGAAAGCACAGCAUGUGCUGUGAUUUUCUACGUGUAUUUCUAAGCACUCUUGAUAUUAUUUGACAAACAUUAGCAGCCUUCCAAUGAGGAAAUGGUUCAGUUACCCAAUCUGUUCUUCUGUACAGUUACCCAUUAUGUUCACCCAUAUGGGGUGUCAUCUUAGGCUGCAGACUCCAUUCCCACAAAACAAUAUUCUCAGCCCCAUCCAGAGCCAAUGUGGUGCAGUAGUUUGAGCACUGAACUAGGAUUCUGGAGAUCAGGUUCUGAAUUCCCACUCGGCCAUGGAAACUACCUUGGGCAAGUCACACUCUCCUAGCUUCAGACAAUGACUAUGGCACUCCCGGUUAAACAAAUCUUGACAAGGAAAAACGGGAGUGUUGCCUUAGGGUUACCAUAAGUUGGUAAUAACAUGAAGGCAGGCAGCAACAACGCCCCAUCCUGUGUUUUGUGAGAAAGUCCCACGCUCUACAACAUGCACAAGAACCUUUGGGGAUCUUGUAGCAAUUGUGCUGGGGUUCUUCAAGAGAGGUGUAUUAAAUGAUAUUGCAAGUCUGAGAACUUGUGUUGAUAGUUUUUGUCCUUGAAAAGCAGAAGAGUGGACAUGGAUGGAACUCAGGCAACUUCUUGAAGGAUCUAUGCAAGAUGGACUGCAUGUGUUUUUCCUUUAGUGAAAUGCAAUUGUAACUGUUUCAGUUGGGUCUUGUAUUGAAUUAUGUUGCACUGUGUACUAUAGACAUACUACUAAAUUUCUACUUGAAAUAUUUAUUUGUUUGUUAAUAAAGGACAUGGGCCAUGCCAGUUUUCUUCUAGCUUGUUUGUACCUCUGAUGAUGAAAAUAAAGAAAUUAUUUGUAAAGGAA